UAAUGCCAUUCCCAGUAAGAUUUUGUCGAGUUUAGACUAUAAUUUAUGGCUAGCUCCAACAAUUUGUGUUGCUUGUUCCUAUUGUCUGUCCUCCUUCAUAUAUCACUUGGAGCUGGUGAUGAUCCCACCAUGGAUGUCAAUCCUACUGCUCCGAACACCAGAGGAAGCAGAUUUGCUCUUGCCUUCAUGCAGAAUCACGCGCGAACUGCAGGAACUACUGAACAGCAAAUUGGUCUUUUCAUUACCACUCAACAGGAGAGCUCACGUUUCACCCUAGAGACACGAUGGCCAGGAGUGAAUGGAACAGGAUUCACUGAGACCUCUCCUGGAUCUGGGCUGUGGUCUCGCACGGAAAUCGCUCGACAAGGAGAUUUCACUUUUAUUAAUCUGCUGGCAGGAAGAGGUGGCCAACAAGACAUAGCCGUGCAAAACAAUGGAGAAACCGAUGAAGCUGAAAGACAAAAGGGACUGUUUAUAACAGCAGAAAAUGCAAACGAUGAGCUCACUAUAUAUGUGCUCAAUGAUGAAUUGAUCUCCAUUGAUGCGUACAUGGCUAUCAACUGUGUCGAGUUUCCAGGUGCGACAGAUUACAAGUACUUCAUCUUUUCAUCUGAUGUAUUCGGUGGAGAACGAUUUGAGAGUCGAUUUCUCUUUACUCCUUGUCAAGAUGACACUACUGUCAGUGUACAAGCCUCCCAAACUCAAACCCAUCCCGCAUGGGUGCUACCGAGUUCUGGCAACCCAAGUGCUCGAGUCGAAGCAACUUAUGGGAGGGCUUUCAAUCGUUUUGACACUGUGAUGAUUAGCAAUCUUGACGAUCUUACCGGCUCUAUCAUCACUUCUGACAAGCCAUUGGCUGUAUUUUCUGGACAUCAAUGUGGAACUCCUACUGAUGAUGGAACUUGCGACUAUCUUGUAGAACAAUUGCCACCUCAUCCAACAUAUGGUGACCUGUUUUUCAUGGCUCCCUUUGCUGUCAGACAAAGCGGUGAACUGUACAGAAUUGGCUCCCUUGGGGCUGGAGCACAAGUAACAAUCAAUUGUGAGUGUUUACCAAGUUCAGCUGAUGGGAAUAAUCGAGUUGGACUGGUUAGCGCUGGAAAUGGUGUUUACACGGCCACAGUGGGUGCAGGACAAUACGCUGAGUGCCAGACACCUCAGGAUUCUCAGACCUAUUGUUGUGUUACGUCCUCUCAACCCGUUACCAUGGCUGCUUACACACUUGGAAACUUGAUUGACAACCUUCAAAACAUUCAGGAUCCACCACUUCCUUUUAAUCCGAUUGGAGAUCCAUCUCUCGUUUAUAUACCACCAGUUAACUCUUAUUUGAAUAGUUAUAGUCUCAGUACAGCCAAAAAUUUGACUACUCAGUUUCAGGGAUUUAUAAGCUACAUCUUGCCCACUCGCAUCUUUGAUAAUUCCCCACAAGAUCGGCAGAGGUUUCGUGUAAAUGGAGAAACAUACAUUCCCGACCAAUACGAAGCCAUCAACUGUUUAGUAGGUGGUUCAAAUGAGGUGUGUGCUUACGGAGCUACCAGAUUUUUGGGCGUAGGUAAUUUUAACCUUUCUUACGACAACAUUGAAGGUGGAGCAUUCUGGGGAUUUGCAUACGGCUACGCUCGAGAGGUUUCAUUUGCUUAUCCUUUGCCUUUUGAAAUGGAGCCAGUUGGAUUGGCCUGGAUUCGAGCAGUGGAUCGAGUUGUACUGGAAACUGUUGGAACGGUUGAUCUCAUGUUUAGUAUCACCCGUGGUGAUCAGUCAGGGCGUAGUAGAGCAUUUGCUGACACUCAAGACCUCUCAGCCAUAGCAGGUUCUGAUUAUAAUGAUCCUCAGCCACAAAAUAAUGGUGGGCCCACUGAAAAUGGCAACCUGCGAUGGAGAGCUGGCGACACGUUACCUCGUGUUCCAUACGUAGUCACUAUUUUGGAUGAUAACAUUCCAGAGCCAGUGGAAGUUGUGGAGGUGAUGGUGCUGUGUGUUGCAGGAGAGAACUGCUACCUGCCCAGAACUCGGUACACCAUAACCAUUAUUGAUGAUCAAGGUGCCUGUCCUGACCUACCUGAUUUCUCUGGUGGAUCCAUCUCAUACGACUUUGAGUUUUUCUCAGAGAUUAAUGGUCGACCAUACGGAACAGUUGCCAUGUACAUGUGUGAUGUUGGAACUAUAAUGGGAGAACCUACAAGAACUUGUGAGAAUAGAGUGUGGUCAGGAAGUGUACCAAGCUGCGGAGUGACAAAUCCGGUUGUGAUUAUGUUCAGUAGGGCCACGUUCUCAUUCAGUGAGAGUGAUGGACAAGGCUUCGUGGAGAUAGUGGCAAACAUGGCUCCCACUCAAGACCUUGACUUCAUAGUAACCGGAGGCCCCAGCACUCAAGACUUUGUGGUUGUGUCGGCAGCUGGUCUUCCUGGUCGGUUCACACUCUCUGCCGGGCAGACGUCCGUCCGAGUGCCGUUCAACAUCAAUAACGAUGAGGUUGGUCUGGAGGAUCUGGAGACGUAUUUGGCAUUUCUCUCUCUCACCUCUGAGGCUAUGGCCGCUGGACACUCUUUGGGAGCUCUAACUCAAGCCACUGUGUCAGUCACGGACGAUGACGCUGUCGAUGUGAGUGUGGGUCAGACAACAUACAGUGUUCAAGAAUCUGACGGCUCAGUCACUCUCUCCUAUGUACUCAACCGAGAGGCUGUCAGAGACGUGUCAUUUGAUGUCAUCAACACUGACGGAACAGCCACUGGUGGUGGUAUCGAUUAUGUCUCUGCUGGCUACUCUCUGAACAUUCCUGCCGGUCAAACUGGUGUGACCAGAAGUGUUUCCAUAACGAUGGACAAUCUAGGAUUUGAAGGAGCCGAGAACUUUGUCAACAGCAUAUCCAGCAUCAGCACUGAUGGUGUGGGGGCGGGUGAACCUGAUGCCACAGUUACCAUUCAAGACUCAGAUGCUAUUCAGAUUAUGUUUAGCAUGGCGAUAUUCUCGUUUGCUGAGAAUGUUGAGGGUGGUCAAGGUUUUGUGGAUAUCGUGAGCAACAUACCAGCUGCACAAAGCUUCACAUUCAACGUUAAUGGAGGCCCCAGCACUCAAGACUUUGUGGUUGUGUCGGCAGCUGGUCUUCUUGGUCAGGUGACAUUCCCUGCCGGCCAGACGACUGUUCGAGUGCCGUUUAACAUCAAUAACGACGAGGUUGGUCUGGAGGAUCUGGAGAUGUAUGUGGCAUCUCUCUCCCUUACUCCUGAGGCUAUUGCUGGUGGAGUAUCUCUGGCAGCCAUCUCUCAAGCCGAUGUGCAAGUGGUGGAUGAUGACGAGGUCAGUGUGAGUGUGGGUCAGACAACAUACAGUGCUCAAGAAUCUGACGGCUCAGUCACUCUCUCUUAUGUGCUCAACCGAGAGGCUGUCAGAGACGUGUCAUUUGAUGUCAUCAACACUGACGGAACAGCCACUGGUGGUGGUAUCGAUUACGACUCUGCUGGCUACUCUCUGAACAUUCCAGCCGGUCAAACUAGUGUGUCCAGAACCGUUUCCAUAACGAUGGAUGGCGUAGCAGGAGAGACACCCCCUGAAACCUUCAGUAAUUCUAUCAGUUCGAUCAACACAGUUAGUGUAGUCGCUGGUCCAGCCGAGGCUACUGUCCAGAUCCUGGAUUCAGAUGCACCAGUUACCGUGUCAUUCGGAGAAAUUGAAUACAACUUUGUUGAGAACGAGGUUACAGGCACUAUUCGAGUGGUGACCUCAAGACCCUCUCCUGUUGACUUUUCAUUUACUGUUACUGCACCUCUCAGUGAUACCCAGUUCAUAGCCCCAUCCGGUGGAUCCAUUGACGUCACUGCAACCUUCCCAGCCGGUACCAGUUCGUCUGACAUCACAUUUCCCAUCAAUGACAAUAACUUUGCCCUUGAGGCGGUGGAGGAACUAAUUGCCACGCUGAGCCUUAACAACGCACCUACUGGAGUGGAAUUCGGCACGCCCAGUGUGACUGUUAUCAGGAUACAAGAUGAUGAUGAAUUUUCUGUUGGUUUUGUCAAUGACCAAGUGCCUGUUUCUGAAAGUGAAGGUAGUGUUACCCUCAACAUUGUGAGCACUCCAGCAGCUCGUCCGGUGGAAAUCACCGUUAUCACUCAAGAUAUUAUUGGCGGAGUAAGACCAGCAACGGCUGAUGUUGACUACAACGUGACAAUGGUGGAGAUAACCAUCCCAGCAUUUGCAACAUCCGCUGGCUUCACCGUGGGGAUUAUUACCGAUGUCGUUGUGGAAGGUGAUGAAGUCUUCCGAGCUGUAAUAGUUGGAGCUUCAGCUGACGAGGAACCAUUGCCCGUUAGUCAGCCCCAGAGUGAGGUCACCAUUGUAGACGAUGAUAUGGUGAGUGUCAGCUUCUCCAUGGCAACCUUCUCUUUUGAUGAGGGAUCUGGAACUGGCUCUGUAACUAUUGUCAAGAAUGCUGCAACCAACUUCCCAUUUGAUAUCAGAGUAACUGGAGGUCCCAGUACACAGACUGGCAUCACGGUGAAUGCAGGAGGUAUUGAUAGCACUAUCACAUUCUCUGCCAAUCAGCAAAUGAUCACAAUCGACUUUCCUGUCGGUGAUGAUGAGUUGGGACUGGAAGUGUUGGAGCGAUACAUUGCCAACUUGGAGAUCAUUGGCUCUCCCAGUGGAGUCGUUACCGGGACGAUCACUUCCACUGAGGUGCAAGUGAGAGAUAAUGAUGAAGUGUCAGUUGGAUUCCACGUUGAAUCAGUGACAGUGGAAGAAAGUGAUGGAAUGUUCAGAAUGUGUGUGCGUCUGAACAUAUCUGCCGCUGAGAAUAUCAUUGUCUCCUUAGCAAUACAAGACGGCUCUGCUAUAGAUGGACAAGAUUACACCUCCUCGUCUAUUCCCUCUGAGCUACUGAUAGCAGCUGGUGAGACAGAGGCAUGCUUCACGGGUGACAUCAUCGAGGAUGGAAUACCAGGCGAGGGUACAGAGUCCUUCACCAUAUUUAUCACCGGAGUGGAUCAAUCUGGAGUAAUCAUAUCUAGAGACACAACCCAAGUUAUUAUACAACACAGCGAUGCACAAUGCCUUCCUCUGCCAGAGAUAGCCAAUGGAAUGAUCUCUUAUCUUCCUGAUAACACUUCUAAUUAUGACGUCGGAACUACGGCCAGCUACGUUUGUGAAGAUGGAUUCUUUCUCAGUGGAGACAUAACUAGAGAUUGUCAAUCUGACGGAAUAUUCUCUGGUAUGGAACCUGUUUGCUCUAUGAUUUCUAUGUGUGCUGACUUGCUUGCUAUUGCUAAUGGAGACAUUGCUUACAGUUCUACUAACAUGCCACGGCCGAUAGGCACUGUUGCCUCAUACACUUGUAAUGAUGGCUUUAACAUUGCCGGCCCAGUGAGCAGAACUUGUGUGGAGAACGCUGGCUCAGGAAUGUUCGAUAUGACAGCUCCAACUUGUAUUCCUGGUUGUAAAGCGGAGAUAUACCAGAGUCAUUCUUGGCCCAACACGGCACUAGGGUCUACUGCACUGUCCCCUUGUCCAUGUGUUGAGGUAUUGGGUGUGUUCGCAGGGAAUGUCAGCAGACAGUGCUCUGGGUCAAUCAGUGAGGGAGGUAUGUGGAAGGAUGAGCUUGACCUCAGCAGCUGUGAGACUACACUUUCAGACAUAUCCCGGGAAUUGUGUGAGAUUACACUAGGACUCUCAUCAAAUAUGACAACUCAAGUGUCCAAUCAGAUUGCCAACAUUACAUCCAAACCUCAAAAUCUGACUGCAAGUCAAAUCACCUUGGUUACUGCAAUAGUAGAGCAAGUAGCAGAAAAAGCUGCUGUCAACCAAGAGGUGAGGGAUAACUAUCUUCAAACAAUCGACAAUAUUCAGCAAGCCGAUGUUGACGUCAUCUAUGAGAGCCAGCUGGCAAUGAAUUCAUCAACAAGGAUUCUUGCAAGCCUCGAAACAUUUCUGGACAAUCUCAAUACUUCAACUGUUUCCACAAACUCCACAAGCAAUCAGACUGUUUUAAGUUUUGAAACAUUUGCUAUGACAGUGCAAGAUUUAGACCCUGACAGUUUCCAGGGCCAGACAUUCGUUGUUGAUUUAGGCCCUGUCGAAGAGGCAAUGAACAAUACUGGCGUUAUCGACCAAGAUGCUCUGAUGACAGCUAAUGAUUACAUGACUAAUAACAGAUCUGAGAUUGAUUCCCUUAGUGAAGACACCGAAAACUCAACAGCCUCUCUACGUUUAAGCCCUUUGAUUCUUGAAGAAUGCCCUACAACAAAUCUUUCACUUCGGCAGAGACUAAGUUACUCUGUUUUCUUGUCUGAUGUGCUUUUCCUUCCUGAGAACAGAAGUACUAAUCAGGUGGGAUCUAUUGUGGUGGCUGCAAGACUAGCUUGUCUGCAGACCAACAAGACAGUGCUCACAGUACCAGUACGGACAAGCUUUCUGAUCAGAAUGACGGAUAAUAUCGAAAACAGUAGCUGUGCUGUGUAUAAGACUCAAGCUAUUUCAGAUCAGUUUGGAGCUUGGGACACUGCUGGAUGUAGAGAGAUAACCAGUUCCAAUGGGAGAAAAGAUUGCGAGUGCAGACAAUUGGGCCACUUUGGAAUACUCUUUGAUUUAAAUCCAAUGUCAUUACCUGAAAAUCUUGCAAUUGCUUUGAGCACCAUCACAUACAUUGGCCUGGGCUUGUCUGUAAUAUGUCUUCUGGUGUUUAUAUUCACCAUUUUUAUCAGCAAGAAGCUCCUCGCUGAUAAGCAGAAUCAAAUCCUCAUCAACAUGAGUAUUUCACUGAUAUGCCUGUACGUCACCUUCUUCAUUGGAGGGUUCACUGUUGGUGUCCCACCUCUUUGUGGGGUCAUGUCUGCCCUCCUGCAAUAUUUCUUUUUAGUGUUCUUCUCCUGGGCGGCUGUAGAAGCUGUCUGGCUCUACCUCAAACUGGUAGUGGUAAUGGGAUCUCAGUCCCUCACCUCCAAGUUCAUGCUGAAGGCUGGACUUCCAGCUUGGUUACUACCCUUUAUGAUUGUUGUCAUCAGUGUGGGGGCGGGACACCAGUACUACAGCAACCCAUAUUACUGUCGUCCUACUGAAUGGCCUUUCUAUUUUGGAUUCAUUCUUCCUUUUGUCAUUAUCUACGUAUUCAACUGGAUCGUGUUUGUUGCCAUCAUGGUGUCCAUUUGCAAGCAUUUUAGAAACCUGCAGUCACUAAACGAGAGCUCCGUAUGUCAACAGUUGAGGAAUGUUAAGAAGAACUUGGUCAUUGCAAUGUGCCUAUCGGUUGUACUUGGCCUGGGUUGGGGCUUUGGACUAGUAUCAACAAGCUCUGGUCUUGUGGAGCUGUCAUUCACAUUCCAAGUGAUAUUCUCGAUCUUUGUAGGCUCUCAAGGUGUGCUAAUUUUUAUUAUAUAUGGUCUUCGAAGCACUGAAUUCCGCCAGACAUGGAUAAAACUCUUUAGUAGCUGUCGAUCAAAUACUGAUAACUUUGUGUCUUCUGAGAAAGGAAGCACUAAUCCACGAGAUAAUUCUAGCACUGUCGGAGUGGAGUUAUCGAGCGUGAACACAUUAUCAAGCAAGCAGUGUUCUCCACGCAAUGAAGAAAAGAACUAACUUGUAUAAUAAAAGAGACAAGAUAAAUACCUGAGUUUGUAUAUAUACUUAUAGAAGGUUGACUGUUAUCACAUGCAUACAUAAUCAAUAGUUGUGGGAAGUUUAA